UCGGAGAUUCGGGGAGAGGCCAGUAUAAACUACUAGUGUAGCGAUUCUGUGACAAGAUCGCCUACGAGAUUCAUGUCGGCGCCACGUCGACCGUCGAUCGAGCCGCGUACAUCCGAUCGUAUUCCGUACGCCGCCUUUCGUGCGAUCGGCUCCGAUGCGACAGCUCGCCUCCCUGCCACAUCAGCAGUUUCCGGGUCAUCGAGUAGGAUGCUCCGCCGGCUUCCCUGGCUGGCGAUUGGCGCUGCUGCCACGUGUCUCUCUCUCCUCGCGUUGCUGCUCUCCGAGUAUCCUCUCUCAAGAUCUCAAGAUUUAUUAGACUGGUUCGGCAGCGACGGGGGAGGGAGCGGUCAAACGUUCAGCGGAAAUGGCGGCGGGACCAACGGAGGGAUAUACGGCGGAUUCGACGGCGCGAUGCGCGGAGCGUUGAGUGCGGAGGAAGAGGAUGGGCCGUUCUUAGCGAGUCCUUACUUGAGGCGGAUUCACGAGGACAUGUGGGGGGGAGGGACUCUCGACAUGGCCGCUGAAAUCGACCUAUGGGUCCAGCAGGGCGGGUGCACGCGCCUGGUUCAUCGCAUGGCGCAUGACCUCCGUAUCCCCCUCACUCACUCAAUGGACGCCAGUGCUCACAGCAGCAGCGCCAGUGACAGCAGCAGCGCCAGUGACAGCAGCAGUGGCAGUGACAGCAGCAGUGAUAGCAAUAGCAGUGGCAGCAGCAGCACGGGAACCUCGUUGUCCAGGGAUCCGUUGACCUCCUCUGCCUCUUCCACCCAUGCCCUGCGCCCUCUGCUCCUCGCUCUCCUCGCUCGCUUCUCCACCAACUCUCCCACUCAAUCAUCCAGCCCCCCUGCUGCCGUUCUUUUCGAUGGCGAUCUGUCACUGCGGCAGCAAGAGAUGCAGGGUCGGCGGGAGGGGGAGCAGGAGGGAGAGCAGGAGGGAGAGCAGCAGGGGGAACAGGAGGAGGAGCAGGAGGGGGGGCAGCAGGGGGAAGGGGGAGGGGGGCAGCAGGGGGAGCAGCAGGGGGAGCAGCAGGAGAGAGGCAGAGAGCAGCAGGAGCGAGAGGAGCAAGCAUGGGAGCAGAGCCGAAAAGCGUCUGGCAAUGUCUUCCCCAUGCAUAUGUCCCUUCAGACAGACCCCCCUCCCACGUGCUCGCACCUCGACAAGAGGGAGCAUGUGGCGGUGCAUGUGAGGGCGCACCCCGCAUGGUUCAGCGCACAGUACGGCACGGCCAUGGGCUUGCAGGGGCGGCACCAAUGCACCCGUCGCUGCAACCUCUCCUGCACUUUCUCAUGGGACCCUGCCACCGCUGCCAGUGCUCACGCCCAUGUGCAUGUGAGGGGAGCGGAGGAGGGCCAAGACAUGCGUCGGCAAACGCGAGAGACACUUGGCGGCACCAGUAACAGCAUCAGCAGCAGUGUUACGAGCACUGAUACGAGCACUGGUACCACCAUGGAUACCAGCAGUGAAAGCAGCAGCGGAAAUACCACCAGGAGCACAAGGAGCACCAAUGGCAGCACCGGGUCGAACCCCAGUGGAAGCAGCAGGCUGCACAGCCCUGCGCUUGUUCUUGUGGACCUGGAACCGCCUGCCCCGCCCCUGCUGGUGCCUGCAAGGGGGAGGGGGCGAGAGAGGGGGGAGAGGCGAGGAGAGGAAUCCAGUGCUAUUGGCGGAGACAGCUCUCCUGUUAGCAGCACGGUUACCGGCAGUGAUGCUGGCAGUGAUGCUGGCAGUGAUGCUGGCAGUUAUGCUGGCAGUGACAGCACUUUUACUAGAAGAAGCACCACAAUCAGCAGCAGCAGCAGCAGCAGCGGCAGCAGCAGUACUGCUCAUAGCGGUGCUAGCAGUGGUGGUGACAGUGUCACUGGAGAGGAGUCUGCUGCUGCUGCUGGUGCUGAUGGUGCUGCUGGUGCUGAUGGCAAUUGGGAUGUGGUCAUCUCAUACCACAGAGAUAGCGACGUUCAGGUGACAUAUGUGGGAAUCAACGACGACCUCACACGCCCUCACAUGCGCUCUGCUACCAAAAUGCAGUCCACGCCCGUUCUGCACUUGGCGUCGCGUUGCUCCCCCUCAUGGCGCGAUGACAUGGCGUCUGCUGCACUGGCAGCUCUGCCACGUCACCACUCCUUUGGAGCGUGCCGCAACAACAUGCGACCAGUCACGGAGCAGAAGGCGCAUCCUGGCUGCAGGUUGGAUCCCGACACGUGGCAGUCUCGCACACACUGUGUCAUGUCCCGUUACAAGUUUGUACUCGCUAUAGAGGGAGCCGCACUCCCUGGAUACGUUACUGAGAAACUCUUCAUUCCUCUAGAAGCAGGGGCAGUACCGAUCUACUAUGGAGCGCCAGAUGUCUUUAACUACGCGCCUCCCUAUUCCUUCAUCAACUUGAGGGACUUCUCCAAUUUCACACAGCUCGCUUCACUUAUAGACCGACUCAGUGCCAAUACAAGUGAGUAUCUGGAUUACCAUGCGUGGCGAAUCUGUGACCUUCCUGGUAAUUACCAACAUGCCGCUGCACUGGGGAUGAGGACCUUACCUUGCCGUCUCUGUGAAAAAAUUGCUAGAUUGUUGUAGGCCUUUUCCCAUUUUUCCCGGCGAGUAUGGGGUUUGUGAGCAUUGGAAGAUAAUAAAAAUCAAUCAUGCCUUUUAAAUCAAUCAAUCAUGACAAUAUGG